CAACCAAAAUCGUUAUUACAUUGAAUAAGAAGGAUUUAGAUGGGAGAAAUACAUAGAGAAAAAUUGUCACAGUGGGAGAAGGAACAAGAAGAAGAAGAAGAAGAAGCACAAGCUCAAAUAGAUAUCUGGAAAUAUAUAUUUGGGUUUGUGGAACAGGCAGUGGUGAAAUGUGCCAUUGAACUUGGCAUAGCUGAAGCCAUUGAAGCUCAUGGAAAACCCAUGACACUCUCAGAGUUAUCAUCAACUCUAAGGUGUGACCCUUCAUAUCUUAACCGCAUCAUGAGGUUCUUGGUGCGUAGGAAGAUAUUCAAAACCACAACCUCCACCACGAACCAUGGCUGUGAUCUCAGCUAUGUUCAAUCACCUCUGUCUCGCCGUUUGUUGAGAAACGGCGAGCACAGCAUGACUGCUUUACUUAUGUUGGAGAGCAGUCAUGUAAUGCUAGCACCCUGGCACGGUCUAAGUGAUCGUGUUUUAGUUGAUGGCAACCCCUCAUUUAAAAAGGUUCAUGGUGAAGAUGUGUGGGACUAUGCCGCCACAAACCUUGAACAUAGCAACCUCAUCAACGAAGCCAUGGCAUGUGAUGCUAAUCUUGUUGUGCCUGUCAUGGUUGAAGGUUGCAGUGAGGUAUUUGAAGGUCUCACCACCUUGGUUGAUGUUGGUGGAGGAAACGGCGCCGCCAUGGGCGUGGUAGCAAAGUCUUGCCCAUGGAUAAAAGCUAUUAACUUUGAUCUUCCUCACGUCAUUGCUGCUGUGGCCCCAAAGUGUAAUGGGGUGGAAUUUGUUGCUGGGGACAUGUUUGCUAGUGUUCCCAAAGCUGACGCUGUAUUUAUUAAGUGGGUUUUGCAUGAUUGGGGAGAUGAAGAGUGCAUCCAGAUCUUGAAAAAUUGUAGGGAAGCUAUUCCGAAGGAAAAUGGAAGAGUUAUUAUUGUGGAAGCGGUGAUUGAAGAAGAAGAAGGAAAACAUGACAAGUUAAAGGACGUAGGAUUGAUGUUGGAUAUGGUGAUGAUGGCACAUACUAACUUUGGCAAAGAAAGAACAUUGAAAGAGUGGGAAUAUGUCAUCAAAAUGGCUGGAUUUAGUACAUUCACGGUGAAAGCUAUCAAUGCCGUGCAGAGUGUUAUUUUGGCUUUACCUUGAAAGCAUACUCAAAAUUAUGAAGAAUAAGGAGACUUCCCAUAUGUCUCUAAAAUGCCGUGCAGAGUGUUCUUCAUGUACCACUGCUUUUUAAGACACUCCCCACACCUACAAUUGUCGCAGUUUUUUACCAUUACAAAUUGAUGAGUUUGUUAAAAAAACAUACUUUACAAGAGGGUUAGAAAUCUCCAUAAAUUGUAAGUGUUGGAUGUACUGAAAAAACACGGGUACAUGAAUCACUGCUGUUAACAUAUUGUAGUAAAAAAUAAAAACAUGAUCCAUAUGUAUCCUGUAUUGGAUUUGCGAUCAUGAAUGUUUCAGUUGUAACAGUAUGAAACCCUUUAAUGCCUGUGUACAAUUAAUGCUUUGUGUGUGUUGGAAAUACAUUUCAUUUUUUAUUAA